AUGUCUGAUGAUUUUAUUACUCCUAAAAAAAGUAAAACUUUUAAACCAAGUUUGGAAAUGACAAAAAAUGCUGUAGAAUAUUAUCAAAAAAUUGUUGACAUAGAUGGAGUCAGUGUAGAAAAUAAAAUGUCAUUGAUAAAACAAGCAAAGAUUACUAAUUCUACUGAAAAAAAAAAUAAAGUUAAAAAAAAAAAGUUUGAAACUAAAAAAAAUAACAAAACUAAAGAAAAUCAAGAAGAUGACUUUGAAAAAGGGUUACAAGCACUUGCUAAGUACAAAGAUGAACAAAUUGUAAUAGAGCUCCAGAAAAAGUCCAAUAUUAAUAUUCCGCGUGAAAUAGUUUCUGAGAAUGAAAUAAAGAAGGACUUUACAAAUCUAGAAUAUACACCAAAACAAAUUCAAGAUUUUUUUAAAAAUGUGUUUUAUGAUAUUCAUGAAAUGUUCAAACAAAAUAUUGUUAAUUAA